AUGGGACACCAGGAAAAGCAGCAGCAGCAGCAUUUCCCAUACCAGGAGGGAAACCUGCUAUACUCUUUGAGAGAGAAGCCAGUGUCUUUGGUCUCAGAUGAGUUGACCAGCUUCUACCAUAUCCUGCCCUUUCUUUUGACUGUUCGUGAGAUCAACCAGAAUCCAAAGCUCUUACCCAACAUCACCCUGGGCUACAACAUCUAUGAGAACUUUUUUAAUGCAAGAAUACUAUAUGAGGGCAUGCUGGAUUUGCUGUCUACAGGGCAGGAGAAUGUCCCAAACUACAGAUGUGGAAGACAAAGAAACCUGCUGGCAGUUCUUGAAGUGAUAGAUUCUGAACGGUUUGAUCAUCUUUCUGCUGUCUUUAGCAUCUAUAAAAUUCCACAGGAAGCAUUCCAGUGUUCCUACUCAAAGGCUGUGAAGUCUAAGAAAGUUUGGGAAAGAUGCAAAGAAAAAGAGAACUGGGAAUUCCGACUCCAUGACGUGGUUGCAAGGAUGCAGUCUGAGGAUGCCUCCUCUAUUUCCAAAGCUAUCCAAGCUGUGGCCUUGGUCCUCAAUGCUGCCUCUUCCUCCCAACUGAGUACCAGGAAGAUGCAAGUUGGAGACCAUCAGUCGCUCCAAAUUGUACAACCAUGGCAGCUUCAUCAAUUCAUGAGAAACUUCCAGCUUCAGAAUAUUUCCAGGGAUGGAAUUUAUUUGGAUGAAAAUGCUGACUUUCAUAUCAUCCACUGGACAGUUUUUCCUAACAAGUCUACUGCUGGGGUGGAAAUUGGGAGUGUAGAAAGAGAAGCCUCUUCUGAAGUCUAUGUCUCCAUCAAUCACAGUGCUAUCCAAUGGCCAACAUCAUUUAACAAGAUGGUGCCUUCUUCUAGAUGUUCAGAAAGUUGUUAUCCAGGAUAUGCCAAGCUCAUGAGAAAGGGAGCACCAAUUUGCUGCUAUGACUGUUCUCUGUGUAUGGAAGGAACAUUUUCAAUGCAAGAAGAUGCAGCCCAUUGUGAAAAGUGUCCAGAUGACCAGUAUUCCAAUAAGAAGCGAGAUCAGUGUGUCUCCAAAAGUAUAAGCUUCUUAUCCUAUGAAGAAUUGUUGGGAUUCAUUUUGGCUUUCUUUGCCAUUGCUUUGUCCCUAACCACUGCCUUCAUUCUGGGAAUCUUCAUUAAAUACCAAAAAACUCCCAUAGUCAAAGCUAACAAUCGGGACCUCACCUACACUCUUCUGAUCUUCCUCUUGCUUUCUUUCUUGACCUCCCUUCUGUUUAUUGGUCAUCCUAAGAAAGUGACUUGUCUUCUUCGGCAAGUCACCUUCAGUUUUGUUUUCUCAGUUGCCGUGUCUUCCUUGCUCGCAAAGACUAUCAUGGUGGUAGUUGCAUUUUUGGCCACAAAACCAGGAAGCAGGAUGAGAAAAUGGCUGGGGAAAACUCUGGCCAACUCCAUUGUCUUGUCCUGUUCUGGGUGUCAAGUGGGAAUCUGCAUGGUAUGGCUAGGAUUCUCUCCCCCCUUCCCAGAUUCUGACUUUCAUUCCCAACCAAGACACAUCUUGCUGCAAUGCAAUGAAGGCUCAGUCAUCAUGUUCUAUUCUGUCCUUGGCUACAUGGGCUUUUUGGCUGCUAUCUGCUUCUUGGUGGCUUUCUUGGCCCGAAAGCUUCCAGGGACUUUCAAUGAAGCCAAGUGGAUCACCUUCAGCAUGCUGGUCUUCUGCUGUGUUUGGAUCUCCUUUGUCCCCACCUACCUGAGCACCAAAGGGAAAUACAUGGUGGCCGUCCAGAUCUUCUCCAUCCUGGCCUCCAGCCUGGGCUUACUAGUCUGCAUCUUUCUCCCCAAAUGCUACAUCAUUAUUCUGAGAUCUGAGUUGAACACCCCGGCCUGGCACAGGAAGGGGCAUGUGAGUGGCAGGUGCACAUGUGCAGGCACAGCUCUAUUUGUGCAAGUGGCACACGUUAGGACCCUCCACUCACACAAAUGGAGUUAG